AUGACAACGGAGGCGGCCACCACUGCUGCUGCACCGCCGUACGAGGUGGAUGAAUGCCGGGGAGUUCUCAGAGUCUAUAGCGACGGUUCAAUUGUGCGUUCCGACAAGCCAAGUUUUAAUAUCCCGGUGGAAGAUGACGGUUCCGUUCUCUGGAAAGACGCCGUUUUCGACCCAGUUCACAACCUUCAGCUCCGGCUCUACAAGCCGGCUUGUCCAACUUCGUCAUCCAAGCUUCCGAUCUUUUACUAUAUUCACGGUGGAGGAUUUUGCAUCGGCUCACGGGCGUGGCCCAAUUGCCAGAACUACUGUUUCAAGCUAGCCAAGGAGCUGCAAGCCGUGAUCAUCUCCCCGGAUUACCGUCUGGCGCCGGAGAACCGGCUGCCAGCGGCGAUCGAUGACGGGUUCUUGGCUGUGAAAUGGCUUCAAUCCCAAGCUGUGGCUGAGGAGCCAGAUGAAUGGCUGACCGUGGUUGCUGAUUUUGGGUCGGUGUUUAUUUCCGGUGAUUCCGCCGGUGGAAAUAUAGCUCAUAAUUUGGCCGUUAAACUUGGAGCCGGGUCGCCUGAGCUGGCUCCGGUUAAAGUUAAAGGGUAUGUUCUUUUGGCGCCCUUUUUUGGCGGGACUGUGCUUACAAAGUUUGAAGCUGAAGGCCCCAAAGAUGCAUUCUUGAAUUGGGAGCUCAUUGACCGGUUUUGGAGGCUAUCAAAGCCAGAUGGAGAGACAACAGACCAUCCACUAAUCAAUCCAUUUGGACCCGCAAGUCCAAAUCUUGAAGAACUUGAACUUGAUCCCAUCCUUGUGGUAUGUGGAGGAAGUGAUUUGCUCAAAGACAGAGCUGAAGACUAUACAAAUAAGCUCAAGACUUGGGGAAAGAAAAUUGAGUAUGUGGAGUUUGAAGGACAACAACAUGGCUUUUUCACCAUUGAUCCCAAUUCUACACCUUCUAAGAAGUUGAUGACAAUCAUCAAAGAUUUUAUCACUGAAUUUUCUGUGUAG